CCUUAGUGAAAACGAGGCUGGUGGAAGCCAUAGUCAGGAAGGAAAAAAUUCGCUGUUGGAAAAAAGCCGAAAGAAUCCAUAAAAUCCCACCAUGCCUCAGAACGAGCAUAUAGAACUUCACAGGAAGAGACAUGGGUACCGACUGGAUUACCAUGAAAGAAAACGUAAGAAAGAAGCUCGAAGGCCUCAUGAGAUGGCAGAGAAGGCCAAGAAACUCAAGGGACUCAAGGCAAAGCUGUACAACAAGAAGAGACAUGCUGAGAAGGUACAGAUGAAGAAAACGUUGAAGAUGCAUGAAGAGAGGAAGACAAAAGAGCGUAAGGAUGACAAGGUUCCACAGGGAGCUGUCCCCGCGUAUCUACUGGACCGUGAAGGACAGUCUCGGGCCAAGGUUCUCUCCAACAUGAUCAAACAGAAGAGGAAAGAAAAAGCAGGAAAGUGGGAGGUGCCUCUGCCCAAGGUGCGAGCUCAGUCAGAAGCGGAGGUCUUCAGGGUCGUCAAAACAGGCAAAUCUAAAAAAAAAGCCUGGAAACGUAUGGUUACCAAGGUAACAUAUGUGGGAGAGGGAUUUACUAGGAAACCUCCAAAGUAUGAGAGAUUCAUCAGACCAAUGGGUUUGAGGUUUAAGAAGGCCCAUGUGACACACCCUGAGCUGAAGGCCACCUUCUGUCUUCCCAUCAUCGGUGUGAAGAAGAACCCCACCUCCCCCCUCUACACCUCGCUGGGGGUCAUUACUAAAGGCACAGUCAUCGAGGUCAACGUCUCAGAACUGGGCUUGGUCACACAGGGAGGAAAAGUCAUCUGGGGUAAAUAUGCUCAGGUUACCAACAACCCAGAAAAUGACGGCUGCAUCAAUGCUGUGCUGUUGGUUUAAGAGCUUCUGCUCUUAAUUGCAGAAGUACUUGUACAUCGUACUUGUCCUUGUAAAUGAUAUUCCUGUAGUUCUGACUGAACGAUUUGAAAAUCACCUGGGCUCUCCUCUUAAGUACAUGAACAGAGCUAUAGGUGAUGCUGGAUUCCUGGGGACAAAACAAGCAAAUUUUGAUAUCUUAACAGAAUAUUUACCUCAAUUUGAAAAUUAUAAAGGUGGUUGUCUCAAUUCAAAAGUUGAAAUUUCUUACUCUUGUUUUUUCGAGGGGUAAAGACAAUAAAUGCAAAGUCACUGUAAGAUGACGUCAGUAUACAGUUAACAGGAGUGGUAUGGUUCUUUUGCCAGCCCUCAGAUAUUGUAAAUAAAGGAUAUAUUACUAGUAA